AUGCCUAUUACAUACAACCGCGGGAACGUGCGAAAAAUAGCUUUUCGCACAAGGGGUCGAUCGGCUCAUUCCCUCGAUGCAGGCGGGCCGAGAGUAGACGCAGGUUCAACGGGCGAUGGCCGACAGUUUUUGCAAAUUCGACCAGCACUCGCAGACCCUAGAGCUACAUUUACACGUUCACACACUUUACUUACAGGUAAUGAUUAUGCACCAAAAGACGAUGGUCGAGAGGAACCCAUUAAUCUGCAAGCUGUGGGCGAAGGUAGAGUUCAGUUGUUUCGGACACCACAGGAAAAAGAUAGACUACCAGACAGAAUCAGCCUUGACAGGCGAGGUCUGUCCUCAAUUCCUCAUAUUGUAGCAGAGCCAGGAUUGAGACUAUUAUCACUGCAACACAAUUUAAUCAAUAGUUUGUCAGGGUUGUCACCGCUCGAUCUCGGAAAACUAGUGUUUUUAGAUGUCUAUGACAAUCAGAUGGAUAAAAUUACAUCUCUCGAGAGGUUAUUUAGUCUCAGAGUGCUAUUGAUGGGCAAAAACAGAAUUAAAAGAAUAGAAGGCUUGUCAAACCUCAUAAAGUUAGAAGUGUUGGAUUUGCAUGGGAACAGAAUCAGCAAAGUGGGUGGUUUAUCUAAUCUAAGUGAACUCAAGGUGCUCAAUUUAGCUGGGAAUCAAAUAAAAUGUAUAGGACAGACUGAUAUCCAAGGUCUAGUAUCUCUAAGGGAGCUAAAUCUAAAGAGGAAUCGACUGAGAAAAUUAAUGGGAUUCCAACAUACACCAAAAUUACAAAAACUAUACCUUGGUAACAAUGACUUGCAAAGUGUCGAAGACAUGUCGUCGCUAGCUGAGGUGACUUCACUCACAGAAGUGUCUCUAGAUGGAAAUCCUGUGGCUUUGGGUGGAGACUGUACACCAUUUUUGGUAUCAUAUCUACCAAACUUAGUAACGCUGACUAAUAUGCACGUCACUGAUCAAGUUCGUAGAGCCGCUAUGGCUUGGAGAAAUAAUAAGGAAGCGGCUCGUGCAGCAUACUGUGCACUUGGAGGAACGGAACAGCACGCCGCUCGACGAGAUCAGAUCAUAAACAAUGCCCGUACCAACUGGGAGCUACUAAGGUCUGAAAACAAAUGUUUCGCUACUGCAAGCACUAACACUCAAAUGAAAAACCCUGAACCUGAAAAGGAAUAUGUAAUUGAAACUUCAACGAUCAUUACCCAAACUGGUGCUACGCAGACUGAAAUAGCAGCUCUUCCAGACGUAGUAAUAACCAUGCAGCAUUGCGAAGCAGACGACUCUGACUUUAAAAACAAUACUAGUGACACAAAUGUUCCAUCUUCAGACAACGCACCGAUUAAAUCGCCUGUGCGAAAGUUACAACGAAGUUCCACAGCUCGAAAACCAUUAAAUGAAAGACGAGUUAACUUCUCAGAACGUAGUGUUUCUCAGGACACAGACGCAUCCCAUUCUACAUCUACUAGUAGUGAUAUAAGAUUGCCACCUAUACUUUUGCCUAUUAUUUCUUCACUUGAAAAUGUUAAGCUUUCUGAUGGCACAGAGCCUGUUUUAAAAAGAUGGGAAAGUGUUUCUAGCGUUGAACCCGUCAUAAAUUCAUCAUUCAGCUCUUUGCCAUCGUCAACAAGUGAUAGUGAAGAAGAAGCAAACAACAAAAGGCGAUUUCGUCGUGCUCCUACUGCGGUGCGUAGACGAGAACAGUUUAGCUCAAUGCGGUCUAAAUCAGUAUGCGAUCCAGAAAGUCGACGGGCUAAAGCAAAUGCCAAGAACUUUGAUAACAGUGAAAAUGCCAGCAACGUGUCAGGUAGUACAAACGUUGGGUCUGUUACUGCAUCAUCAACUUCGAGCAGUGAUCAAAAUACCAAAAUUUUACGAAGAGAAGGUUCCGUUAACGGUAGGUUAAGUAACAGAAAUAUAAGGAGUGCGACAAUUGCUAGAAGGAAUGAAAGAGCUUCAUCAGCUAAUAGAGCGGCUACAGCAAGAAUACCAAAAACGAGCAAAAGUUUGGCUAGUUUGAAAUCUUCAGAACCGGUUCCUAAACCAAUAGUGCCUGCGACAAAAGAUAGAGAACAAGGUGUAGAUUACUUAGUGGAGGUAUGCGACGACUUAGUGAGCGCGUGGGGCGCCGGGGCAGUCCGUCGACUAGCCAGGGACUGGGAGUGGGAGAGAGCAAGGACAGUAACUCGUGCAGCUUUUCACUAUGUCCAUUUUAAUGCUGUCGCACAAUCUUUACCCGAAUUAAAAAACAAAUUUCCAAACGUAUCUCAAAUAUCAUUUCGAGCAACGGGGCUUCAAUGGUUCGGCCAGCUUCAUGCUUUAGCAGAACUUCGUGGAAUCAGUGGUUUAACCAUUUUACCUGAAGGCAAUCCAAUUCAUACAAAAAUAUGGCGGGAAUACGCUAUAUACAGGCUGGCUCAUUGGGGACUCAAGCAAAUAAAUGAUGAAUCAGUAACUGAUGAAGAGGUAAAAUCAGCAAACCAAACCUACCACGGACUAAGUGACAUAGUGUUACGGGCACUGCCUGAUGCUCCCUUACAACCUCUGCUGUCUCGUUUGGGGAGAAGCGGCAACAGCACCGUCAGUGCCAAAGCUUGGCUGAGAGCCGCUGAUCCAGCUCUAAGGGAUGUGAUCGCCAAGGAAGCGUUACAGUAUAAAAAAGGGCACGUGUCUCAGGAAGACAUGAGUUGGCGAGUUCGUGGUCGCGGUCAGUUAUGUCAUAUAAUUGAAUUAGCCUGCGGUGCAGCACAGCGCUUACGAGCUCUAGAACUGCUGUGGCCAUCAAUCCUCGUCGAGAUGAUCGAGGAUAUACUGAAAGAUUUUUCUGAUAUGGACACACAUGUCAAGGAACAAAUGCAGAUGUUGAUGGAUUCUAUGACGACAUCAGCGGAUAAAAAUACAGGUAACUUGUGCGAUAAUCCGACGAGAGACACGCUCGCGGAAGGUCUACUGGGUCUUCUGAAACCUACUGUAGAUCAACUCGACGACAGGGUGCGAGUUACUAGGAAUUCUACUAGCCGAGAAGUGACUGAUUCCAGUAAGAAAAUCACUCUGGAUCUUAUGGGAGCUUAG